AUGAAGCUGCUAACCAGAGCCGGGACCCUCUCGCGAUUUUAUUCCCUCAAAGUUGCUCCCAGAGUCAAAGCCGCAGCUGGCCCUGGAGGAGCCCUUCCACCACCUCAGGACCUCGAGUUUACCAAACUACCAAAUGGUUUAGUGAUUGCCUCCCUGGAAAACUAUGCCCCCGCCUCGAGAAUUGGCUUGUUUAUUAAAGCUGGCAGUAGGAAUGAGGACUCCAACAGUUUGGGAACCUCUCAUCUGCUGCGUCUUGCAUCCAGUUUGACAACAAAAGGAACAUCAUCUUUCAAGAUAACUCGUGGAAUUGAAGCAGUUGGUGGUAGCUUAAGUGUCACUGCAACAAGAGAACACAUGGCUUACACUGUGGAAUGCCUGCGGGAUGAUGUUGAUAUUCUAAUGGAGUUCCUGCUCAAUAUCACCACAGCACCAGAAUUUCGUCACUGGGAAGUAGCUGCUCUUCAGUCUCAGUUAAAGAUUGACAAAGCUGUGGCUUUCCAGAAUCCACAGACUCAUGUCAUUGAGAAUUUACAUGCAGCAGCUUACCGGAAUGCCUUGGCUAAUUCUUUAUAUUGUCCUGACUAUAGGAUUGGAAAGGUGACAUCAGAGGAGUUACAUUUCUUUGUACAGAACCACUUUACAAGUGCAAGAAUGGCGUUGAUUGGACUUGGUGUGAGUCACCCUAUGCUAAAGCAAGUUGCUGAACAGUUUCUCAACAUGAGAGGGGGUCUAGGUUUAGCUGGUGCAAAGACCGUGUAUCGUGGAGGUGAAAUUCGAGAGCAGAACGGAGACAGCCUGGUCCAUGCUGCUCUCGUGGCAGAAAGCGCUGCCAUAGGAAGUCCGGAAGCGAGUGCGUUCAGUGUGCUUCAGCACGUUCUCGGCGCAGGACCCCACGUCAAGAGAGGCAGCAACGCCACCAGCUCCCUCUACCAGGCUGUUGCAAAGGGAAUUAACCAGCCAUUUGAUGUCUCCGCUUUUAAUGCCGGCUACUCAGAUUCUGGGCUCUUUGGGAUCUACACGAUUUCACAGGCUGAAGCUGCUGGAGAUGUCAUCAAGACCGCCUAUGACCAAGUAAAAGCCAUUGCUCAGGGAAGCCUUUCGGAUACAGUCGUCCAAGCUGCCAAGAACAAGCUGAAAGCUGGAUACCUAAUGUCGGUGGAAUCUUCCGAGGGUUUUCUGAAUGAAGUUGGAUUCCAGGCUCUAGUUGCUGGUUCUUACAUGCCACCAACCACAGUCCUUCAGCAGAUUGACUCAGUGACUGCUAGUGACAUCAAAAACGCUGCAACGAAGUUUGUUUCUGGCAAAAAAUCAAUGGCAGCAAGUGGAAAUUUGGGGCAUACACCUUUUGUUGAUGAAUUAAAAUAG